CUCUCUUUCUCUCUCUGCCUCUCUUUCUCUCUCCACGUUUGCCCAUAAUAUAAAACACCACGUAGAUUCUGUUCUUUCUCUUCUGUGAGAAGUAGAGCGAAGCGUUUGUACUGCUGUACGCGUCUCUGCGAGAGCGAAGAAGAAGCAGAGAAGAAGAAAGAGAGAUGGACUGGCAUGGCGACUUGAGGAGCUUCAGUAACGUCUCUUUCCCUGAAUCUUCCAUCGGCUUUCUCAACCCCAGCUUCGCCCAAUACCCUGUAGGUAUGGAGCUGAAGCACCACCACCACCACCACCCCCCGCCGCUGUCCUCCUCGAUGGCUGAGGCCCACAACGACGUGGUGGUUGCAGCGUCGAUGGACAAGAAGAAGAAGCUGACGAGCGAGCAGCUGGAGAUGCUGGAGAGGAGCUUCCAGGAGGAGAUAAAGCUGGACCCGGACAGGAAGAUGCGGCUGUCGCGCGAGCUUGGGCUCCAGCCCCGCCAGAUCACCAUCUGGUUCCAGAACCGCCGGGCCCGGUGGAAGACGAAGCAGCUGGAGCGCCUCUACGACGCCCUCAAGCUGGAGUUUGACGCCGUCUCGAGGGAGAAGCUCAGGCUUCAAGAGGAGGUCUCAAGAUUGAAAGCCAUGGUGAGCGACAUCCAAGCGGCCAAGAAGAAGCAAGUCUCCACCGGCUACACUGACAUCUCCGGUGACGAGACGGUGGAGAGCGCUCGCUACUCCGGUGACAUCCGCCACUGUAGCGACCUCACUCGGGGAGCAGGAGGAGGAGGAGGAGUGACGCCGACGCCCUCGACCACUCAGCACCACCCGCUCGCAGGCUCGAGCUAUCAACUGUUCACCCUCCAAGACUACGAGUCCAACUCCUACUGGGGCGUCCUGCCCUCAUCAUACCCAUGAUGAGAACUGAGAAAAAGAACACCUGUAACUUCUGACUUCCAAACUUGAUGAGUGUUUAAUUAAAAGCUUUAUAGGGUUUAUGUUAGGGACUGAUCAUGGUAGUGUUUAGGAAGUAGAGGAAGUGUCCCUUCUUGCUGGUGACCUUUUGUUGAACUACAUAGACUUUCUGAGCUAGUCAAAAACCUUUUAAUUGAGCUUUUCUAUAUAGCCUUGGUGUGAAGGUUUCUUU